AUGUUAAGGUCUAGACUUUCAAGAAUCGGAGUUGGGAUAUUUAAAGAGCUCUCUAGAGGACAAUGUACAGCAUUAUGUAGAACAUCAUUUAUACAAAGGCCUUAUUGUGCAUGUUGGCGACCUCAGGUUGAAUUACACCCAGAGACUAAGGGGUUCCAGGGUACUAUAUUUCAAAAGCAUCAUCAGUUCUGUAGCACAGCUACCAGUAGUGAUUCUGCAGAUGGCAGUGACCCAAAGGAUAUUUACAGUAGGAUAUCUGUAACAUUUGUAGACAAGGAUGGGGAGGAACAUGAUAUCAAGGUCCCAGUUGGAAUGUCGAUGUUAGAAGCUGCUCAUGAAAAUGAUAUAGAGCUCGAAGGCAAGGAUUAUAAUUCAAUUUUUUAG